GUCGACAAUUGCAAGUUUGUGGUCUUCCUUGCAAACAUGCUCUUGCAUUCAUCACGUCACUUAGCGAUGCUCACAUAAAGAAUUACGUUGAUUUGUAUUAUUCCACUGAAAAAUUCAGAGCAGCCUAUUCCAACCUGAUCCCUGCUAUGCCUGACAAGAGCCAAUGGCCUGAAUCUGACCAUGGAUUUUUCAUGCAUCCACCACUACUUAAAGCUACAGCUGGAAGGCCUAAAACUGAGAGAUAUAAAGGUUGUAGUGACAAGAAAAGAAAAAAGGGCAAGCACUUAUGUCCAAUUUGUAAGGAAUAUGGGCAUCAUUGGCACAACUGUAAGAAGGGUAACCCUGAUGACAUUGCUGCAAUGUUGGCUAUUAGAGAACCACCAAAGAAGAGGGCAAAGACUAGCAAAACAGCCCAGUCCAUUGUGCCUUGCGAGGAUGGAGCACCAACAAGGAUGCUUUUUCCACCACCAAGGUUAGCACUUAUACACUUCUGCCAAUGAGUAUGAAAACUCAGUUUAUGUUCUAAGUUGUUUCUUUCUCAUCAUAGCCAAAGCUUGGAAACUACAACUAAGAAAAAGAGAAAACAUGACAACACUGAAUCUG